UGAACUUUUUAUUAGAAAUUACGGAGUGAACAUACAUAAUUGGAGUUAUUGAUGAAAAGGAUAACAGGAUAGCGAUGAGCUGUAGCACGCCAUCCUCGGGGCCAGGCAAGGGCUCCGUUAAAGGAUACCUCGACGUGAAGAUCCCUGCGAGGAAGCGCAAGAGCAUUUCCCUUUUCAGGGUGCAGGUGUGGAAGAGGAGGUGUUGGGUGGUGGUAAGGGGUGACCGUUCCCCCGCUGACUCCACCUCUGGGGGAGGCAUGGUGACUCCCACAGCCCCAUCCACUCCCACUCACCCUUCGUCUACUCCCAUUAACGGCAAUUCAUCACAAUCUGCUUCCGGCGAGAUAAGCCUGAGCGUCGAGAUCUACACGCGGCAUGAGGGAAGCAACCAGCCGACCGAGGGCACCAUACUUCAUAUCGACCUCGUACACAAAAUACGGAGGGCUAAGUCUAAGUCCCACCCAUACGCGUUCGAGGUGUGUGGGAGACGAGGGCAGGCGCUGCUGUACCUCAGCGGGGGGAGUGAGACGGAGAGCCAGCGUUGGAUGUCAGCCAUGAGGGACCUGCUAUGGCUGCCCCUACAGCUCCCCCACAUAAAUGCAGUUUACCCGCACAACUGGCCAGUUAGCGCGAUCUCGGUGGGCGAGGAGGAGGGCGAGUACGCAGCCCUGGGUGGUCUGUACGGCCGCAUGGCCGUGGCACGGGCCAACCUCGUCAUCAAGGACGUCCAUAACGGAGCAACGCUCGCCGAGUGGCCGCUGACGUCCAUCCAGCGAGUGUACGUCUCGGCCGGCGGGGAACUGGAGGACGAGGGCAAGAUUUUUAUCAUUCAGACGAGACCAGCGCAUCCAUGCGGUGAAACGUACCUCUACUUCUUCUCUAACGAGCUGGGCCCGCUGUUAGACGGGCUACACGACGCAGUAUCCGGACUACUGGCAAAAGGCAACGGCGGCGAUGACACAUCCGUUAUCAGCGACUUAUCCGAGUUGUCCGGUGCCAUUGGAUCGGUGGUUGUGCAACCACAAAGACUACCGGAACUAGGUACCAUGGCAAAAGUUAGGAAGUCUACUUCUGUACUCGACUUAUCUGAGGUAUCGUCGCACAAAAUUGGUUCGGAUCUACUAGGAGUGCCAACUUGUAAGUCCCUAGGAACUUCCCCUCAACAUAAAAUGCUUAGUCACUGCCGUAGAAAAUCUAUGAGCGAGACGAACCUGGCUAGAAUAUGUUUGGAUGAAACAGACGAAGAACUGGAUGCGAGGGAUGAAGAUUUGGACGAUAUCAGACCCGCAGAUCAGCCGAAAGACCGGACUUCUUCAUCAGGAUCUUAUAACUCUUACAGAUCCACAGAUUCUGGAGUACGACUUUCCGCAUCUCCGUCCAAUUAUGACCAGGCGACGAUGAGGAGACUUGUUACGAAGUCAGAUUCUAUUGAUUCGGGAGUACGAGCCUGUAUCAAAGAUGACGCACACAAGGACCACACUCAUCUAAGAGCCGGCAUCCCAGUUCCUGCUGCUCCUGAAUUGGAUGAUACCCGUAAAGUCGACGGAUCUUACAAUGAUUCCAAGUCGGGAGAAAGUUCCAAUCGCAGUAUAGGAACCCAAGAAGAAGAACCGGACGUCAAUGCUCGAGUUGGAGCAUGGUGCCUUCAGAGCGCAAAAGCCAGGAAGUCAUUCUUCUUGAAAAACCUCAAUGCUGCUACAAUCCCAAGCAACAGAGAUAAAUUUUUAACGAAGAGUCUAUCAAGAACUUUGUCUGAAUCGUACAAGGAAAUCCCAGAAAGAGGUGGAGUUAAAGAAGAAUAUCGAAAAGCUAUGGAGAAUCCAAUAUUGACAACGAAGCACACAACAGUGUACGAGGAAAUAAAAGAUGUUCUUAAGCCUCUGAAUGAGAAAAGAAAUGAGAAGGAACAUGAAUAUGAAGAUUUGGAAAAAUUGAGAAGGGACAUUAAGAGAAGCUACAGCUUCCAAGAAAAAACUCAACCACCUCCUCCUCCACUUCCGCCCAGAAGGCCAAAGUCAUUUUCGCCAGAUCCUUGGGUCGAAGGUUCUUUAAGCAAAACAGGAACACUAAGAAAAAUUUUUGGGUUAUCCUUCCACAGCAAGUCUCACUCUCAAGAUAGCAUGCUUGAAAUGGAGGCCCCACAGCUUGGCGACGAUCGACUGCAUGCAAGCCACCUGGAAAGUUGCGACGUUGCAACAGUCCAAGCUCUAGGGACUUUGCCUAGGCCGAGGAGGCGAGCCACAAUGGAUGUGUAUGAACGCCAUCAGAGUUUCUCCAGUUCGCCAAGAAUGUCUCCUAAACAAAAAAUACGUAAUCCCUUCGGAAUUUCACCGUCCAGAUCUCCUCGAAUUCCAAGACCGAAAAACCUGUUCAUCUUUAAGACUUCGAACAAUGAUGAAAACUCUUCGCCGUCUUCACAGGCAAACUUGCGGUACCAGCGACAAAUUAUGAUGCAGUCCCAGAAAACUCCAAGUACUGACAGCUCUCUGGCCGACAUUUCUACACCUGACACUCCUAAGCCGGGAAGUUUUUAUCGAGGAAUGUACAGGCCAGAUUCAGUGCAUUUAGAAACUCCAGACACAGGUGACGAGUCCGGCACUAAAGAUGGUAAUUCAGGAUAUAACAUUAAAAGUCCGAAGAUAAUGAGUAAAACCUUUAGCUUUCUCCGCAAGUAUCCUAAAGAAAAGUACGGGUCUUUGGAGCAGAAGAGAAAGUCCACAAUUUCUGUCACUUCUCAGCCGGAUUCGGCUGACUCCUCCAACAAAGUACCCAACAGUUUCUCUUUGGAUAGUUUUGCCGUCGAUGCAGAAGCGACGAAGCCAGAAGACGAGGCGAAUAAGCCUAAUGAGAACUGCAGUCGAAAGAUUGAAGGCAGGAAAGCAUCGGUUAGUAAAGGGUCUUCUGGAAUUAUGAUUCCUCGAGGAUCGUACGCAGAAAGAGGAAGCAGCGUAAGCCCAGCAACGACGCCAUCUGGCAUCCAAGCCAGCUGCUUGCUUGGACGUCCAGGCACACCACCUGCCACAGAUCUACCACUGAGAAGUGCCAACAGACAACCUUCUGCCUCGUCUAUAUGGAAUGUCCCAGGAAUUCCACCUCAGGUGCCACCGAAGAAGUGCAACGAUUCUGAACCCCAGUAUGCUAAUCUAGGACCAGAUCCAGACUAUAUGACUGUGGAAGAAAUUGCUGGUGCUUUUCGGAAAACCACUCCAACUCUUCCUUCUAAAGAUAUCAUUGAUCCUGGCGGAUACCUAUCAAUGGGAGACAUACGACAAUUGAAGGCAAUGCCGGAGACAAAUCAAGCUCGCCCUCCAGACCACGAGUAUGUAUCGAUGGACGAUAUUCAAACAACAACCUUUUCAGACUAUCCAAAAGUUUGUGGUUCGGCAACAUCUUCAAUGGACCGAAGGCAAACUCAUCACCACCACCCUCAUCACCACCCUUACGUGUCACAACUCCGUCAGAUGCACCAGCCCCUAGACAAGAGUAGCAUCAGGAGUGCAGGGCCAGGAUCUACCGCAGUCCCUCCUAUAGAUUUUAAGUAUCCUCACUCUCUGACUUCAAUCCACAAGAGUGCUCCUGGGAGUCGCAAGACCUCGUGUUGUGAGGGUAUUCCAUCCGACUACCUUACACCCCAGGAGGUCGGUCGUCUGCUAAGGAGGGAACUUCUUCACACGGCCACGAGUAGAACACGGCAGGAACACGAACGAUCUCAUGCGGCUCACAAGCACGCGCUCCCAUAACACAACCCCUGCAAUAGCACCUUCCCUCACGUGGCUCACGCAAGGCGUACGCAGUUGUAGCAUUAUUGGCGUACGCAUUUGUAAUCCUGUGGCAAAAAGUUGUCCCACGUACAACAUUCCUACUCACAGCAAGCGCUAAACAUUUUCAUUUAAAUGACUCUCUUAUAACUUUAUCACUCUUACAAUUCCGCGCACAACCUUUAUUGAAUCACCCAGAUAAAUUUCACACAAGUGACGCUCGCUGAACACAAUCUCACCUUAAAAAACAGUGCAUGUGCUGCGCUUGAUGAACAUGCAACUUCAGGUUAAUACUUCAACAUGUUUUUUUUAAUCCUCUUCCCGGAUGAGCAUAUACAACAAAUUCAAACGCAUACAUCCAAACGCCAACGAAGAAGUCACGGAAGCUCAAGUUUUAAUUGUCUAAUAUUAAUGCAAAUGUGAAUCAAUUGGCGUUCCCUAUUGAAGAGAAUUGAAUUUUUCUAAUUGUUAUUUGUACAGUUACUGUGUUGGAACGUUGAAGGACUCAACGAAGUGUACUUCCUCGAGAGUAGAAUUGUAAGUAAUGAACUGCGCUAAGGUAUUGCAGUGGUCAAGUUACUAGAAAUAUUGCAGCUUUGAAAAAAUUCUGUAUAUAUAAUGGAAUUUAGUUGACAAUUUGCUACGAAAUUAGACAAGCUGGAGAAAAUAAUAUUGAAUAUCAGAAUUUUUUUCAAAGUAUUUUGAGAGCGCCAAAGAUAAUAGGUAUAUAUAAUUCUUACGGAAAACCAGCUAGCGCAAAUUAACCUUCCGUACACUGAAAAAAUAUGGAGGAUGCACGAAGAAAUUUAUAGUAAACAGCUGUGGCCAUUCAAGUGACGUGACGACAAGCGUUUUUAUUUAUAUGGACGAUUUACAUGCGAGUGGAAUCUAUAUUUAUUCUUUUAUUUUUAAUAUUUAUUAAUUAACGUAGUAAGAGUCAAAACUAAAACCUCAUUUACAAAAUUGCAAAGGUGGCCAUCUUAAACGAAAUUUCUGAAAGCAGUGCAGGGCUCAGACACAAAGUUGAUGAUGGCACCGACCUCUGUAAUUCUUUCGAUAAAUUGCCAUCACAGAAACCCUCGUUCUUGAAAGCAAUUAUAAAGACAUACGAGCCUAGCAAAGACAAUACAGAUUAAUUUAGUAGCUACUUAAACAAUUGACGUUCGAGGAUGUGAGAAACUGAGAAUCUUCUGUAUAGGGGAUCUUGAGCUGUGAGGUUUGUGAUGCUGUCAGAUCCCUAGAAAACCUUGACCGCACUGCCGAAGUAAUUGAAACUCUAGGUCAGCUUAAGGAAUUUAGUUCGGAAUGAACUACUCUGACCUGAAUGAUAAAUUACGAUAGUUCAUACCGCGCUAUUUCAACUUGAAUUAUAAAAUAUGGAAAUUCAUACCAUGCUCGAAUUAUUAGGUAUGAUUAUUUCAAUAACGCAAUUGAUACCUGUAUUAUGCUGUACGGAGUGAUCUCUUAUAAGCUCUCCUGACCUGAAUAGCGAUGGUGAUGGGAAAACUAAAAAUUACUUUUCCUAAAACGAGUAGAAAUAGGUAAUCAUUCCUGACAUAGAUAAUUGAAGGUUAUAAUAUUUUUGGAGUUUCAGCGUUACUGCAACAAUUAUCAUGGUAUUACGCCUAAAAACGAUAAUUAUUUUCAUAAAAUGACUGAAAAUGGAAUAUAGCUUGUAUGGAAAUUGUAUAACAGCAUUAAAUAACGCUUGACAAGCUCUUCUAGGUCAGGAAAAUCGAACGAAAGCCGCGUAUGACUGUAGCCUGCUUCCUUCUAGCGUGUCGUGAACUCUUUGUAGUUUCCUUGCAUGAAACAUGAAAUGUUAUUAUAAUAUGCAAAUUUUUGAUUACUCGUCAGAGUCAUAGCGCAGUGACCGCUAUGUUAUUUUUCUGGUGCAGCUUACCUCUCGGAAGUCGCCUCAUGAAUGCAUCCAUCUCAACAAUAUUGCAGGAAAUUGAUAAAGAAAUUAGUUGCAUAUAUGUGCCAUGUCAUUUGCGAUAAUGAAAUUUAUUAAAUUAAACUACUAUGUGUCAGAAGUUUGCAUUAAAGACAUGAACUGUACGCUCACAAUACUAACUAUUCGUACGCUCUAGUCUCUGUACGCAUCCAUUUGGCUCGAGUAACACAUUUAACAUUAUCGUUUAUGUUUGUCAGCUAAGCAGUAUUGAAAUGCCAAUUUUUCUGCACCAGAUCUGAAAAUGGGACACGAAAUUAGAGAGUAACUUAUUCAAAUUGAAACAAAUACGUUCAAAUGAAAAAUUUGAUGAAAAAUGGAAUUUGGCCCACGCGGGAGCUGAAAAUUCCGAAAUGUGCAAUUAUCAGUAAUGGGCAAGAGUGCCAAACGAACCUUAUAAACUGUAAGGUAUUAUUGCGGUUAUUAUGUUGUUUUACGUGUGCCAAGUGUUGCUCGUAGAUAAAGAGGAAUUUUUACCGUUGUUAACAUUAAGCAGCAUCCAAGAUGUAGAACUAAACCUUCUUUGUGUAUGUUGACUGCACAAAGUUGUUUUUGAGAUUCUUAUCGUUUAGGGAAAGCAUCGAUACUUUGAAUGGGUGAAGCAACGAAAAAAAGAUCAACCUUUAGCACCAGUUUGACUGAUUUUGUUCACGUUUGAUGUACUUUGUUCCAAGUUCUAGCCAUUAUGCUUCUCACGUGUUUCAUUAAAUUUGUU